CUUUUCAAGCAUGGUGGAGCUCGAAACACCAGAAGGCUCUGUGAAAAUGGAGUAUGACUUUGAUGAUUUAGCGGAGGAAGAGGACAGCCCCUUUCCGGAGGUUCGCGCGUCGGUGUCGAAUAUUGACGACCCCGAGAUGCCUGCGCUGACCCUGCGGAUGUGGGUUUUGGGCUUGCUGCUCACUUUCGUCUCAGCCGCGGCGAACAUGUUCUUCUACAUGCGCCAACCCGCGCCGACGAUCAGCACAACGUUGAUUGUCCUCGCAUGUCAUCCCCUCGGCAAGUUUUUGGCAUACUGGCUUCCAAUACGCACAUACCGCCUUCCGCGCUGGCUAGGCGGAUACGAGUUCUCCCUGAACCCUGGCCCGUGGAACAUAAAGGAGCACGCUCUUGUGUACAUGAUGGCGAAUGUUGCGACGACUCCGCCAUACGCUAUACAAGCGACCAUCGCGAUCGACGUUAACUAUGGGCUGAAGCUCGGCUAUUGGUUCAAUGCAGUCCUCAUUCUCGCGACGCAAUUGACGGGCUUUGGGCUCGCGGGUCUGUGCAAACGACUCUUGGUCUGGCCGGCGAGCAUGAUUUGGCCGCAAAACCUGAUUGUGUGCACGUUGCUCAACACACUGCACGCGGAGGAGGAUGAGCCCCGUGGGGGUAUCUCUAGGUUCAGAUACCUCAUCUACGUGGGCGUCGCGGCAUUCUUUUGGUAUCUAUUGCCAGGAUACCUCUUUACGGCGUUGUCGGUCUUCUCUUGGGUAUGCUGGAUUGCACCGAAUAAUAUACCCGUCAAUCAGAUCUUUGGUAUGGAGUCAGGACUGGGACUGAGCUUCCUGACCUUCGAUUGGACGCAAAUCAGUUGGAUCUCAGGCCCGCUCAUGGUGCCAUGGUGGGCACAGGUCCAGGUAUUUGCUGGUUUCGUUAUUUUCUUCUGGAUCAUCACCCCAGCCCUGUACUACUCGAAUGUCUGGGAUCUGGCGUACUUUCCCAUGCUCUCGGACGACCUGUACGAUCGCUUUGGGAACGCAUACAACGUUAGCAAGGUGCUUGACAGCAAGGGCGACUUUGAUCUGAACGCAUAUAACAACUACUCCCCGCUAUACCUGCCUGCAUCGUGGGCGAUGACUUACCUCAUGGCUUUCGCACUCACUUCGUGUGUCCUGGUGCAUACGGCCCUCUUCCACUGGCGCACGAUUGUGGGCAGCGUGCAUCGGAUGAAAGUCGAGAAGGACGACAUCCAUGCGAAACUGAUGGCGGCGUACCCCGAAGUGCCGCUGUGGUGGUACUCGGUGAUGUUUGUGGGCUUUUUUGCGCUUGCGAUCGUCGCCGUCGAGGUCUGGAAAACAGGCGCUCCCGUCUGGUUCCUCCUCAUUGCUCUACUGAUCCCAAUGAUAUACAUCCUUCCGUCUGGAUAUAUCUUCGCGGUCACUAGCCAAGUGGUGUCCAUCAAUAUAAUCGUCGAGAUACUUCCGGGAACCAUUUUGCCUGGACAGCCGAUCCCCAACAUGAUCUUCAAGUCAUAUUCUUUACAAACGCUGGCGGAGGGAUUGCGCUUCAUUCAAGACCAGAAGCUCGGACAUUAUAUCAAGGUGCCGCCGCGGGCCACAUUCCUUGUACAAUUCACUUCGACUCUCGUGGUGGCGUUCAUCCAAGUUGGCAUGCAGCAGUGGCUGUUCAACGCCGUGCCAGACAUCUGCUCGCCUACUCAGAAGUACAAUCUGACAUGUCCUCACAACGAGGUCUUCUACCAGGCGUCGGUAUUAUGGGGGGUCAUCGGGCCCAGUCGCCAGCUCGGCCGCGGGUCCAUGUACUAUCCGGAGGUCUACGCGCUACUCUUCGGUGCAUUCCUCCCAAUUCCAUUAUGGAUUUGGCAGCGGCGCUACCCUACCUCGUGGAUACGUUACAUCAACACACCUCUUGUCCUGACGAGCAUCUCGUCCAUCCCGCCAGCCACGGGUAUUAACUACUCAUCGUGGUUCCUGAUGGGAUUCAUUUUCCAGUAUGUCAUUCGGCGGCGAAGUUUCGCGUGGUGGAGCAAAUUCAAUUAUGUGACGAGCGCAGCGCUGGAUAGCGGAACUGUUAUCUCAUUGCUUGUCAUAUUUUUUACCCUGGAGUUCCCCAAGGGUGGUAUUAGUGUCAAUUGGUGGGGUAAUAACGUCUGGCAAAACACUGCCGACAACCGCCAUACGCCAUUGCACCAGGCACCACCUACUGGUCUUUGAUUCGGAUCUUACAUCAACAUCUACCCUUCUGCAUCCGUGCGUCGUUAACAGAGGGUGCGGAAAAUACCCUCAGCGUCCUUCUCUUCCUAUUCGCCGCACGCAUCUACGAUCCUUCCAUUCGCAUCCGGUUGUUCACUUACUGCAUUGACCCCCUCCAUUUGUUGUCAUGGAUCAGCAUACAUCUCCAUAUCGUUCUCGUUUUCUCGUGUACCAGCUAGGUCAAGUUGUUCAGAUAUCUCAGGCUUCGGUUGCCUGCCGAUAGUCGUCGCGUUCUUCAUCUGCGCAGUGUUCAUAGAUUAGCGUAGCUUUUUUCGUAUGGUACAUAUUACGGUAUAGCGUCUUGCGGAGAAGUAAUCCUUCUGAAAUCACAGUGUUGUGCAUGAUAGGAUUAAAUAAAGAGGAACUCACUGGUGGCACUAGC